AUGCCCAUGGCGCGCGAGUCAUGGCUGGCCAAGGUCCGGUCGGCCAUCUCGUCGAAGCCCUCGUCGUCGGGUGCGCCGCCGGCGGGUGCCGGUGGCAAGAAAGGCAACGUUGGUAUCCUCGCCUUCGAGGUGGCCAGCCUCGUGUCCAGGCUGCUCCACGUGUGGCGCGCCGUCGGUGACCCGGCCGUGGCGCGCCUCCGCCACGAGGUCGUCCACCUCGACGGCGUCCGCAAGGUCGUCUCCGACGACGACGCCUUCCUGCUCGGCCUCGCGCGCGCCGAGCUCGUCGACGCGCUGCGGGGAGCUGCCGAUGCCGUCGCUGCCCUGGCGGAGCGCUGCGCCGACCCCUGCUUGCGUGAGUUCAGGGACGCGCUGCUGGAGUUCGCCGACACCGGCCGCGACCGCCACCGCUGGGCCGCGCCCACGUGGAAGGAGAUGGACGCGCGCGCGAGGAAGUUGGAGAAGCAGGUGGCCACCACCGCCGCGCUCCGCAGGGCCAUGGAGGAGCUCGCAGAGGCUGAGCACGGCCUCCGGAAGUUCCUGCGGGCCGACGCUGCUGCAAGCGGCGGCGGAGGGUGCCAUCGGCGCAGCAUGUCGGCGAGCAAGAUCUCGGUGGCGUCGGAGCAGCAGCAGCUCAUCUUCUCCAAGAAGCAGGACGUGAAGAACCUCAAGCAGACGUCCCUGUGGGGGUGCACCUUCGACGCCGUCGUCUCGUCGCUGGCGCGCGCGGCCUUCACCAUCCUCGCGCGCAUCAAGCUCGUCUUCGGCGCCGGCGGCCAGGACCAGCGGCACGCGCCGCUCUACCGGAGCCUCACGCUCUCCUCGGCCGUCCACCCGUCGGCCGACGCGCAGUCCCCGCCGCCGCCGUCGCGCAAGUCCAUGUCGAUGGAGGCGGUGCCGUUCGACGUGGCCGCCGUCGUCCAGAGCGCGAAGGGCAGCAGACGGCGCGGCUUCUUCGAGUACAGCACGGCGACGCUGGUGCCGCCGGCGGGGACGCUGGGCGCGGCGGCCCUGGCGCCGCGUUACGCAGGGCUGGUGAUCUCGAUCGAGCGGAUGGCGCGGUCGCCGCAGCGCAUGGUGGGGCCGGACGAGCGGGACGAGCUGUACGGCAUGCUGACGGCGAGCGUGCGCGCGCAGCUCCGGGCGCGGCUGCGCGGCGCGGUGGCCGAGGCGGACGCGGGGCUCGCCGGCGAGUGGCGCGCGGCGCUGGGCGGCAUCCUGGAGUGGCUGGCGCCCAUGGCGCACGCCACGGUGCGGUGGCAGGCGGAGCGCAGCUUCGAGCAGCGGAAGACGACGUCGACGUCGUCGACGACGGACAUAGCCCGGCUCCCCCCUCGCCACGGCGGCGGCGGCGGCGGCAACACGUUCCUGCUGCAGACGCUGCAGUUCGCGGACCGGGACAAGGUGGAGGCGGCCGUGGCGGAGCUGCUCGUGGGGCUGAACUACGUGUGGCGGUUCGAGAAGGAGAUGAGCUGCCGCGCGCUCUUCGCCGUCCACCGCGAGUUCGUGGAGCGCGGCGGCCGCCCCAGCGACUUCGACGGCGCCGACAGCUGCCGAGGAGGAGGAAGCCACUCCCACCACGCCGUCGACGGCAGCGGCAAUGGAACAUUAAAGGAUUUUUGUGGUAAUUGGGGCCGGAUGGGAUCUCUUGUUCAUCUUCAUCUUCAUCUUGAUAAAAGAUGA